GGUAGCUGACGAGAGAGAGCGCAUCACAUAAUUGCCAGAGAAGGUAGGAGAGUAGGCUUUGCUUCCAGCAGUGGCCAGGUCUGAAAUCGGAUUUUUCUAUAUAGACGCACUUCUGGGGCAAAUGCAAGCGGAAUAAACAGUUUGUUGGGGAAAUCUUUCCGGUCAAAUCCAACCUGCUUCUGAUCCGCGGAACACAGUAACGCGCCACAGCAAAUCGAAGGCAUUUAUUUCGUUCUUUAUCUUCAACGUAAGAAGAUGCUGGCGAAACAGUCUGGUUUUGAUCUUGUAAAUUACCGUUAGAUUGUUUCCCCAAUGAGGUUUAUGUCGAGAGCAAAGGAACAGACACGGACUGAGCCAGGGAAGCGAAUUUAUCAGGACAUUUAGCAACAACAAAAAAACAAUAAGUCAACCUGCAGUCAUUAUGCAUGGUUUCCUUUAUUGAAUAACCACACAGUUCAGCUUGAAACAUAGCAAUUUAGUUCAUCAUCGCAAGGCAAUUCGAGAGAAAGAAGUAGAGCGGGAGGCGAAGGCUGCUGGAUCCCAGAACGGACUGCCUAGAGCCGGACUCCUCGUUCUUCGGGACGAUGGUGCUGGACAAGGAAGAAGGUGUGCCGAUGCUGUCGCUCCAGCCCACGGGGAAGCAGAAGGGCUGCGCUGGCUGCAGCCGCAGGAUCAAGGACCGCUUCCUGCUCAAGGCCCUGGAUAAGUACUGGCACGAGGACUGCCUGAAGUGUGCCUGCUGUGACUGCCGCCUGGGAGAGGUGGGCUCCACGCUCUACACCAAGGCCAACCUCAUCCUCUGCCGCCGGGACUACCUGAGGCUCUUCGGUACAACAGGGAACUGUGCCGCCUGCAGCAAACUCAUCCCCGCCUUUGAAAUGGUGAUGAGAGCCAGAGAUAAUGUUUACCAUUUGGACUGCUUUGCCUGUCAGCUUUGUAACCAGAGGUUUUGCGUUGGGGAUAAGUUUUUCCUCAAGAACAACAUGAUUCUGUGUCAGAUGGACUAUGAGGAGGGUCAGCUGAAUGGCAGCUUCCACACACGGGUCCAAUAGAGUGAGCUUUCCCUGGACACUCGCACCAAGCCAAGAGCAGCCGUUUGCCUGCAAUACUUUUUACCCCUUCACCUCCGGGUAACUCAGACUCUUAUUUUGGUGGUUCCAUGUGUGACCCAGACUUUUGGAGGUUCCAUGUCUGACCCAGACUUUUGGAGGUUCCAUGUCUGACCCAGACUUUAGGAGGUUCCAUGUCUGACUCAGACUUUUGGAGGUUCCAUGUUUUUAAUGUACAGUUGUGCCGGCAUAGCUGAGUGCUGAGUUAAUGUAUGUUUGUGAUGUUUGCUUUGGGUUGUUUUUCAUUUUGUUUGUUCAGUUUUUUAAUGUCCUCACCCACCACCUUGUGAAUGAGGGAUUGUACAGUCUCUUUUUCUGUAUCUAUAAACUUGAACUUUUUUAAUGAAAAUCUAAUUAAAUUUUAUUACUCAUGCAAAUUCAAGAUUCAUAAAUGUUUACAUUGCCGCCCCCCUACAUUUGCCAACUAAAACCAGGGGGCUUGUCUGUUCUACAGCUCCUAAACGACAAUCCAUGAAUGAACUUUAAAGACCUUUGCUUUCAACUUUUUACCUGUUUGAACCAACCAAAGCAUAUGAAGAAAUGAGGAGUUUCUCAUCUUGACUCAUCUUGAAAUAUUUAACUUAAUAAAAAAUGCUGUUUUAUUUGAAAUAAAA